CUCCAGCCACGUGGCUUAGGCGCUCCGGAGCCUCGGCAGAGGCUUGUCUGAGAUGAUGAAAGCACGGGGCAGCUGGUGCACAGUAGGUCCUCAGAAACGGGAGCAGCUGUCCUGUGCUGGCGUUUCAUCCCUGUCCUCUGGGAGUUCCCCAUCUGCAGGGGGGCCUGAGGCAGAGCCCAGGCAGGGGUGAAGAAGGCAGAGGCAGGAGCGGGACACCCGAGGCCUCUGCCCCUUUCCCAUGAAUCCGCCCAUUCCCCGCUCGCCCUAACUCAGACCUCGACUGUGCCUCCAGUCUCCUGUCCAAAGGGUAUCACCCACUCCUCUGCUCAGCGCACGCGUUGCUCGCCCACACUGGAAACAGGUGACGCCAUGGGGCGCUGCAGGCCUUGCGCCAGCUUUUGUCCCUGUGUCCACCUUAAACCUGAGGGCAGGAACUGUGUGUCCUCCAGAAACCUUGGGGCUCCACAAGGCAGAGCCUCAGCCUCCCUCUCAGCCUGGUAGUUCCCAUCAGGUCAGCAGGGAUGCCUUCUCCCUCAGACGGGGAGAGGGGCUUCCUGAAGGCAGGGCCGUGUCUCCUUCAUCAGAUUGGGAGUUCCCAGAGGCAGGAGGGUGCGUCUGCCCAUCAAGUUGCAGGGCAAGAAAACACCUUCCCCAUCAGACUCCUCAAGGGCAGGGCUGGUGCCUGUCCCAUCAGACUAGGAGCUAUCCUCCCCUCCGCCCUCCCUCUCUGCCGGCAGGUCAACACCAACCUGGGCGACGUGCAGUUCCUGGUCAUCGACCUGGUCAUCACCACCACGGUGGCGGUGCUCAUGAGCCGCACGGGGCCGGCGCUGGCUCUGGGUCAGGCGCGGCCGCCAGGGGCCCUGCUCAGCGUGCCCGUGCUCAGCAGCCUGCUGCUACAGGUGGCCCUGGUGGCCAGCGUUCAGCUGGGGGGCUACUUCCUGACCGUGGCCCAGCCCUGGUUCGUGCCUCUGAACAGGACGGUACCCGCGCCAGACAACCUGCCCAACUAUGAGAACACGGUGGUCUUCUGUCUGUCCAGCUUCCAGUACCUCAUCCUGGCCAUGGCCGUGUCCAAGGGGGCGCCCUUCCGCCGGCCGCUCUACACCAAUGGUGCUGCUGUGCUGGGGGUGGGAUGUGCUGGGGGGG